UCAUGUUGCUAUGAUUAGAAAAGACACGGCAAACAAUAUUUUAGAAAAUUAUUAAUAUUUGCCAAAUUAUUGUCAGGGGAAAUGUAUAGCUGGAAUCAGUGAUUCAACAACAUUCUAAUCUAUAUGUCGAAACAAAGAAAAACGUGAUUUUCUUUUAUUAAACGGCAGGUGAACAGGUGCAUGUAAUGCUAUUACGCCUAAUUCAAUUUGUUGUAAGAUAUGCCAGGAAUUUCAUGGAGUAGUGUAUGCUGAUUGGUAUUCAGUAGCUGUUUCAAUCGAAGCCAAACCAAGAGCAGCUCCGUAAAAUCAGCACAAGAUGUUUUCCAAGAAGAAGAAGAAGCCUCUGAUAUCACCUCCCAGUAAUUUUGAGCACCGGGUCCACACUGGGUUUGAUAAGAGAGAAGGAAAGUUUGUGGGACUGCCCUUGCAAUGGGCUUCACUUGUCGGAAAUAAUCAGAUUCUAAAGUCAACAAAUCGGCCCUUGCCUUUGGUCGAUCCAUCAGAAAUCACUCCCACCGAAAUAUUGGAUUUAAAAACAGUUGUAAGAGGAGACCACAGAAUUACACCAGUAUCUUCAAUUUCCCGCCCAAUGUCCAACAUAAAUGUGCCACAGCAAAUACCAAAUGGAGUUAUCUUGCCGAAGACAUCAAAUGUUGCCCGAUCAAAUUCAUUAAGAAGUACCAGUCCUCCUCGAAUCAGGAGGGACUUAAGAAACCAGGCAAAUGUCCCUCCGUCAGUUCCAGAAGAGAUGCCUCCCGUGCCCCCUGCCCCCCAGCAGUACCCUAGCUUACGAAGAGACCACAGCAGUAACUACACUCUGAAUGACUAUAACAAUGCUGUUGAGACUCCUGCAGAAUGGUCUAAACCUGAAAAUCAGGCUGUAGUGAGAGAUCUAAGAGAUGUCACCAAUCACAACACUGGAUCCUCAUACCCUGUUAUACAAAAUGCUAAUAUACAAAAUGCAAAUGUGCCAUUCCAUCAACACAACCACCCCACUCACCCGAUGCAUCAUGGCUCAAAUGGAAACAGUAUUCACAUGGCCGGCGAGAUGCAAGGCUCCUUUGGCAGUGCACUAUCAGCGCGACAGCCUCCCGGGGCGGCGGCGGGGGCGCUCCCUCUCAACGCUUCCAAACACGAGCUUCGUCUGACGCACGAGCAGUUCCGUGCUGCUCUGCGAUUGGUCGUCAGCGAAGGGGACCCGCGCGCCACGCUCACAGGCUUCGCGCGGAUCGGCGAGGGCAGCACGGGCGUGGUGUGCGCGGCCACGGACACGCGCACGCGCCGGCGCGUCGCCGUCAAAAUGAUGGACCUCAGGAAGCAGCAGCGACGGGAGCUGCUGUUCAAUGAAGUGGUGAUAAUGCGCGACUACCCGCACCCCAACAUAGUCGAGAUGCACGCGUCGUACCUGGUGGGCGACGAGCUGUGGGUGGUGAUGGAGUACAUGGCCGGGGGAGCGCUGACCGACAUCGUGACCCGCGCGAGGAUGGAGCCCGAGCAGAUCGCCACCGUGUGCAAGCAGUGCUUGAAGGCAUUAUCAUUCCUCCACGGCCAAGGCGUCAUACACAGAGAUAUCAAGUCUGAUUCCAUACUCAUGACGGCCGACGGUCGCGUCAAACUGUCCGAUUUCGGAUUUUGUGCUCAAGUUUCACAGGAGUUGCCAAAACGUAAAUCACUGGUGGGGACGCCAUAUUGGAUGUCACCGGAAGUGAUAUCGAGACUGCCCUACGGGCCGGAAGUGGACGUGUGGUCUCUGGGCAUCAUGCUGGUAGAGAUGGUGGACGGAGAACCGCCAUUCUUCAAUGAGCCGCCUUUGCAGGCCAUGCGCCGCAUCCGCGACAUGCCGCCCCCUCGGCCGCGCAACUCGGCGCGCUGCCCGCCCGACCUGCUGUCGUUCGUGGAGUGUGCUCUAGUGAGGGACCCGGCGCUGCGGCACGCGGCCGCGCGGCUGCUCACGCACGCCUUCCUGCGCCGCGCCGGCCCGCCCGCCGUGCUCGUGCCGCUCAUGCAGCAUCAGAAUGCCAACCAGUGAGUCCGACUGCUGAAGUAUCGAUUGAAACGAAUACGAGUAUGGGAGAAAGCCUGAAGAUUUUACCUUA